AUGGACACUAAACGUGCAAAGAGGUAGCCACUAGAAAUGUUUUAAACAAUAUUUACGUUUUAAUACAGUUGAGUGAAUGUUAAACGUAUGAUUAACUCGCGUCCUAACAUAUUUAAGACUAAGCUGCCGAAAUAAACACGGAUGCUGUGAAAUCCGUGUUUUUAAAGGCAACAUGGAACUGACAGAAGAUGCAAAAUGUGACAUUAAAGAAACACCAUCUCGAGAAGAAGUGGAGUCGAAAGACGAAACUUCCCCUUGUCGCUCAGAACAAACAAAAACUUCCGUCGCCAGGCUUUUAACACCGGAGGAGAUGGAGAAAUCGAGCGGGGAGCAGACACUGGUGUCCGGCUUCAAACAGAUGAAGCUGGAGAAAGAAGCGCAGAAGAACUGGGACUUGUUUUACAAAAGGAACACGACGAAUUUCUUCAAGGACAGACACUGGACCACCAGAGAGUUUGAGGAGCUCAAAGCGUACAGAGAGUUUGAAUCCCAGAGGUUGGUGCUGCUGGAAGCUGGCUGUGGUGUGGGAAACUGCAUCUUCCCGCUGCUUGAGGACGACCUGAACAUCUUUGUUUAUGCCUGUGACUUCUCACCAAGAGCUGUUGAAUUUGUAAAACAAAAUGCUCUGUACUGCCCGGAGCGUUGCUGUACCUUCCAGUGUGAUUUAACUAAAGAUGACCUGAGAACGAAUGUGCCAGAAGACGGCGUGGACGUUGUCAUGCUUAUCUUUGUUCUGUCCGCCGUCCAUCCUGAGAAGAUGAAGCUGGCUCUGCAGAACAUUAGCAGGGUGCUGAAGCCUGGUGGUGUUGUCUUGUUUCGGGACUACGGCCUGCACGAUCACGCCAUGCUCCGAUUCAAAUCUGGCAACAAGCUGGGGGAGAACUUCUAUGUACGUCAAGACGGAACCAGGUCCUACUUCUUCUCCAAAGAGUUCCUGGCUGAGCUCUUUGAAGACACUGGCUUCCAAACGGUUGCCAAUGACUACGUCUUGAGAGAGACGGUCAACAAAAAGGAGGGGAUCUGUGUUCCCAGGGUGUUUCUGCAAAGCAAAUUCACAAAGCCUGGUCCAUCGCAUGGUUCCUGACGUCACUUUGCCUUCACCUGGCUCCUCAUAAAUCUACAGAGGUGUUGAGACACACGAAACUGAGACGUCCUGAUGGAAUUCAAGGUGAUGGGGGGUUUGUGGCUGAAAACGCUGAUGGUUUUGAGUUCUUUAGAACAGACAGAUGCAGGUGGGUUCCUCAUUUGAUUUUCUCAGUGACAUAUUGGAUCUUACCACCUCGCCAAACACGUGAAGACAAUGUUCACUGGGAAUAAAAUGCGUGGAACUGUGCAACAUUAUUACAAACAUUUUUUAAUGCUGCCUUAAUGGUGGCAAAGUGAGUAAUAGAGUAAAAGCAAGGCUUACAGGGAACCAAUAUAGAUGUUGAUGGUGUUGUUUUUCUGUCACCGUUGCACUAUUUAGCCAGUUUUAAUUAGGGGGCUGAUUAUCAAUUCAUCUGACUGAUUUUUGCCAUUUGUACUAAUAAUCAUUUUAAAAUGUUUGACUGAUAAUUACUAAUCUCUAAGUUUCUAUUAUUUUUGAUCUGAGAAGCUGGAUAAAUCUUGUAAAAUAUUAUAUAUUUCACCCAAAAGUUGAGACCUUUGGUUUCUUCCAUUUAAUAGUUCAUAUCUAAUUUUAAAUUAUUAAAAUGCACUGCAGUGCAGACACAAAAUGCAGAUUGGAGAAACGGAACACAAGUGUUGUUCAAUAAAUGUCUUUUUUAAAGUGAA